CUUAGUUUUCAAACAUUUGUCGUUCUUUUUACUGGAAGAGUGACUAGAAGAGCCGUCAUCAUUCUCCACUUUAAGGACUAUUGAACUUUUUGCCAACUUUUAGUUACUUUUACGGCAAUUUAUGUAACAUGGAUGCCGACUGCAUGCAUUUACUUGUGGAGAACUACUGAUGCACCUGUUGAUUUUUGGACAAUUUUGACAAUGAACACAGUGGCAGAUACUUUUCUUCAUUUGGAGGACAAUAGAAAAGACGAACAAAGGAGUCGCCUGGCUUGUCUAUCCCAAAACGCCCAAAAUGUGGACUUGCUGCAAUACCGUGAGACCACCGAAAACAGCUCCCCGAUGAAAUACAGAAAAUACGGGUCUCGCUUGGGUGGGGUGAAAGUUCGCCACAAGAGACAGGUGCUGCAGGACAUGGCCCGCCCGCUUAAGCAUUGGCUGUACAAACACAGAGACAACCCGUACCCCACCAAAACCGAAAAAGUCCUCUUGGCUCUGGGGUCCCAUAUGACGUUGGUACAGGUGUCAAACUGGUUUGCGAAUGCCAGACGGAGGUUGAAGAACACGGUGAGACAGCCAGACUUGAGCUGGGCUUUACGGAUCAAACUGUAUAAUAAAUACAUCCAAGGGAAUGCGGAGAGGCUGAGUGUAUGCAGUGAUGACACCGACUCAGAUGACAAUGACUGUCCCUUACAAACACCUAUCUGCUCAUCAUCAGACACGGUGAAAAAAACAAGCGGAGUCCUAACCGGCGAUGACGGCACCUCUCCUCCAUCCAAGUACAAGAGUAGCUUGCUGAAUCGCUAUUUGAACGACACCCUGAGACACAUGAUGGCGGGCAAGGCGGACGGCGUGGCACUCAUGAGGAGGAACCACUCUGAGUCGUUCAGUUCAAACGAGUGCGAUCGAGACGUGGCGUCGCCGGCGUCCUCCUAUGAGACGGAGACCAACUUCAUCUACCGCAUGGAGACUCUGGACUACACAUCACCCAAAUGUGACAGUGGUCAGCAUCAGCAGAAUCAAAAGAACCAAGACUGGCGAGAGAUCAAUGCCGCCGUGGCCCUGACCAGUUUGGCCCAGGGGCAAAGCUGCAUAGAGGACAGGAACAUCAGAACGGUGCCUGGCACCGCCGCCGGACUCGGCUACGCCCCGCAGCCCCUGUCCGUCACGAGGACGAGCGCCACUCACCGGAUGCCUGUCGCGACGGCGCCCGCCUCGGCCCUGAGACAGAGCUGCGGCGCCGAGCGGUCCACGCUCACCAGUCGCAUCAUCCAGAAGUCGUCUCACAUCUCUGAGGUGCAGACCAUCAAAGUGGGCGUGGUUAAUGGAAUGUAGCCAUUUGGUCAAACCAGGGACUGUUUAUUUGUAAUCAGGAAACUGUAAAAUAGAAAAAAAUAUUAUUGUUUUGUUUUUAAUAUUUUUUUUUUAUAUGUUUCUAUUGCGUUCUGUUGUUUUAA